AUGACAUUUCGGGACCCGCUAUUUGACAGAAGACCCACUACCGUCUUCUCUCUAGAUCUCAUGCCAGCUCCCAUACUAAUAGCCACAACUGAUUAUGAUAGGAAGCACAUUGUGGCAGACAUCAUGCCAUACCUCUGUGUCUUGGAACCUUGUCCAAUGUCAGCAGCACUCUUCAAGUCGAAAAAGGACUGGCUAAGUCACAUGAAGAAUGGACACAAAUUAGAGAGCUGGACAUGUUUGGAUCAUGAUACAAAAUUAUCAUUUCCAAAGAUAUCCGACUUUUUCCAACACAUGCACGAUCAGCAUUCUGAUGAAUUCGAACAAGAUGAUUUGGAUGAUCUUGCCGACGCAUGCUUUGAGAGCAUAACAACGAGCCCGGCAUUUGAUAAAUGUCCCUUCUGUCCAGAUAAUGGCCAAAAAGAUACUAUACUGGCGGAUGGUGGUAUCCAGCACCUUGCCAGUCACCUGAUGUCGUUUUCUCGGAUCUCAUUCGAUGGGUACAUGGAGGAACAGAAUCCGUCCUCGGAUGCCUCGAGUUCAACUGAUCAAACAGGGUCUUCUGCGAAGCAAAUAGUCUCAGAAACUAUCACGGAUGGACUACAGCCAGGCUUCUUUGAAUAUCUAGAAUACCAUGAUAUGAUUCAUUUCGAUCUCCUUGAAUCUCAUCAGAUUCCACCGAACCCCGAUGAGGAAAAUUGGGAGCUCUUUUGGGAGACGCAAAAAAGAUCCCAGCGAUGUAUCAAUGAUGAUCCGAUUCUUCAAAGUUUCAGCCAGAAUCUUCCAAGGGAUGAGCAUUUUGAGCACCAGAUCACACUACACGAAGUCUAUCGCUCUGAGACGGGCUACACUGCUUAUUUGAAAUUUAUUCAGUACAAUUAUCGGAGUGAUAUUGCGUUGAAGGAUAAAGAAGUGGCCUUCACUCUUCAAAUUCACCUUGGCAAACUGAUAAUGCGGCAUGAUAUGCUGGCUAGUAGACUUCACCAUCGCGAAGUUGACCAGCAGGGACAUUACAUUGAUACCCUUGGAGAUUGGCUUGAUGAAUCAAAACGCCAUUUCAUGGAAUAUUUUGAAGCGGCCUCAGAAGUUAUCAGACACGGCUAUCCAUUGGAUAUACCACAAUUCGAAUCAUACGGCAGUCCAAGAGUUGGAAUCGAUAUCGACACCCAUCUAGAGUCGCCUAAAUGGAGGCUCGAACGCUACAGACACUUUCUGUCGUCAUUUUAUGAGACAGAGACUCGUUUGUAUACCAAACGCAGAAGUUCUGCCUCGGUUAUCCAACAGAUAGAUAAGCUGCUACAUUAUGCAGUUUCUCUUCUCGGAAUCUGCAGCUCAGACGCAGUCUUUUACUUACCUUAUGACAAAUCCCAUGUUGAAGGCAAGUACCCAAAUGCGGAAGAAGCGAUAUUGGACCGUCUCGGGCUUGCGAUCACCCAACGGCGCUCACUGAUCCUAUAUCGUCAGCGCCGACAGCACAAGCUCGACAAAGAUAUAAACUGGGACACUGAUGACGAUGAAUACGAGGAAUUAUCGAAUAAUGACCAUGAAACAAAAAACAAGAAGUCUCUGGCAAGCGAGCCAAGCGAUAUCUGCUGGAGUGCAGUGAAUGGACGAGGAGAAGAUUUCCAACCUUUUCCGGAACUUCCAAUGAAGGGGGCUCCAUUCAAAUGUCAAUUCUGUUUUUCUAUUAUUUCAAUUCCCGAUCAGAGGUCUUGGAUGUCCCAUGUCUUCGCUGAUCUCAUGCCAUAUAUUUGUUUCUACCCGGACUGUCCAACGCCAAGUCGACUCUAUGAACAUCGGAGGGAAUUGUUUGACCAUUUGCUGAGCCAACAUGCCAUAUCGGACAAUCCUGAUAUACAUACGGAUUGUCCACUCUGCCAAGAUUCUUAUUCAUCUGGAAAGCAGUUUGAGAGACACCUAGGCCACCACCUCGAACAGCUAAUGCUUUUCGCACUGCCUCGAUCAAAAGAAACCAAACGCACCAUUGACACUGUAUCACAGACUACAUUCAAUACAUAUGAAAGACAACGGGUAGGAAAGGAGAGGAGAGGACGGUCUCUCUAA